CCCCACCUUGUGAUUAAAUGAGAGAAGCUGUGCCACCAACCACUCACCAGCACCACGUUCCUCAUUGAUUGGAACGGAAAGUCUAAUAGUCCCACGACUCCACUCUCUUCCAUGGGAAGCUUUUUCUGGGAUCUAAAUCUCUUAUGACAUUACUUUUGGUUUCUUCUAUCCUCAAUUAUCUUCCUCCACCUUCCACUUCAAGUUCUUUCAUAGCCUUUCUAUAUAGGCUUCACCUCUCUUCUCUCACUUGGGCAUCAUUUAAUCCCUCUCGGCUCCUCACAGUGAGUAGUGACUAGAGACCGUUUACAGAUGACGGAGAAAGAGAAGGUUGUUCACCCAGUAGGUGAGGCGAACGAGAAGAGCCCAUUUGGGUCUCUCUCGCUGGAGGAGUUCUGCGCACGCCACUCCGUUUCUCACUCCUCCCAAUACAUCACCAACGCCCGUGGCAUGAAACUCUUCACCCAAUCCUGGAACCCUCUCCCACCCAAAAAGAUCCACGGCAUCGUCGCCGUCGUUCAUGGUUACACCGGAGAGUCAAGCUGGUUCGUCCAACUCACCUCCACCCUCUUCGCCAAGUCCGGUUUCGCCACUUGCGCUAUAGACCACCAAGGUCACGGCUUCUCCGAAGGUCUCCCUUACCAUAUCCCCGACAUCAACCCCGUCGUCGACGACUGCAUCUCUUUCUUCGACUCCUUCCGCUCUCUUCACCCAUCGUCUCUCCCCUCCUUCCUCUACUCCGAGUCCCUUGGCGGAGCCAUCGCUCUCCUCAUCCACCUAAGCAAGAAAAGCAAGCCAUGGGAUGGCGUUGUGUUAAACGGAGCCAUGUGUGGAGUGAGCGACAAGUUCAAGCCUCCAUGGCCGUUGGAGCACUUUUUAUCUCUGGCGGCAGCGGUGGUGCCGACGUGGCAGGUUGUCCCUACCAGAGGGACUAUUGUGGAAGUGUCGUUCAAGGAGGAGUGGAAGAGGAAGUUGGCGAUGGCUUCUCCUAAGAGGAACCCAGGGAGACCUAGGGCAGCCACGGCGAAGGAGUUGCUGAGGGUGUCGAGUGAGUUGCAAGGGAGGUUCGAGGAAGUGGAUCUGCCGAUGCUAAUUGUUCAUGGUGAAGAUGAUGUGGUGUGCGACCCUGCAUGCGUGGAGGAGCUGUAUCGACGAGCCUCGAGUAAGGACAAGACGCUUCGGAUAUAUCCUGGCAUGUUGCACCAGAUGGUUGGUGAACCUCAGGAGAACGUUGACUUGGUCUUCGGCGAUAUUGUUGACUGGCUCCGUCACCGGGCUUUCUCCGAACCACAGGCAACUGCACCACCAUCGCCAUCGCCGCCGCCGCCACCGCCAUUGCCAUUAGUGCUUACCGAACAACCUCAACGCCCGUUUGAAGGGAUACACUCUUAAUUAAGUACCUCUCUCUCUCUAGAGAUUGUUUGUUAAUAAAUUUCUGUUUCCUUUGUUGCCCUCACUAGCAAGGGAAUAUUGGAUUGGAAAUAGAAGUCUAUUAUUUCGGUGCUAAAGGUGCCGUUUGAUAACACAGAGUAAAAUGACGUAUUUACCCCUUA